ACGCAUACAUCCGCCGGUAAGUGGUAGUGUGUGUGUGUGUUGUUUUUCGAUAGUGUCGUGCCUCCGGCGAUAACGUAAUGAAGAGGGAAGGUUUGAGUCAUUAUCAGCCCGCAAGAAGUAAUCGAGCGUGCGCGCGCGAUUUUACAGCAAAACGGCUGUUGUUUUCUGUGCGGUUUUUACGUGUGUGUGUUUUUUUGGUUGUUGUUUCCUUGUUGUUGAUUGUGGUACACCCAUAUACAGUGGAAGAAAUGGUGGAGUACGUGAGCGAACGCAUCUCCGCCCGUAGUAAGCAGCUCUCCCUGACCUUCGCACAGUGCUGACGGAAUGCGAAGUAAGAGUAAGACAAGGUUCGCCCAGGCUAUAUGUUCGAGCAGGAUGAUUUCGACGGAGGGCUUGUUUGCGAUGGAAGCAGACCAUCGUAGUUUGCUGGUGAUAUCGCACUGGAAGGAAGGUGUCGAGAGCUGUCAGAUCUUGUUUACGGUGUUGUUUGAAGGUGAACUACCUGCUUGCCUAAUCACCUUGCUCAACAGGAAGCACAGGUUUAAUAAGGAUCCUUACACCAACAUCAACAGUUUGCAAGGUGAUACGAGCUUUCCUAAGAAACAAAAUUUUUCCAGUGCCACUGGUUCAUGA